GUUCAGUCGUCUUACUGCAGGAUACAACCCCUAGUACCUGUCAAAAGGUCCUUUGUUAUUGUUAACGUUAACUAAUUCUCGCCGUUGCCGUUUAACCCCGCAUAAAGCCUCAGAGCCUCGUGUUUUGUCGCUUCAUCUUGGGUGAGCACUCUCAUCUCUUUCCACGGCCUAUCCCCGACCAUGCCUCAGCAAGAAGUCUACCAUCUUCACCCCACCGGCUGGGAAAAUGAUCCUGAGGAAGAGAGAUUCAAAUCCUCGACUCUCGAUUACCUGACCGCCUGCACCUACAACAAUUACGCCCUCUUCUUCCGGCUAGAUGACGCCGACAAGAGCAGAGCCGUCGAGGUGUUGAAGCAGGGUUUGGAGCGCAUGCUCAGCCAGGUGCGACACUUGUGUGGGACGAUCGAGAAAGAUCCUGCCGGUGGACACUCCUUCGUGAAGAAGAAGGAUAGCACUGUUCGUUUCUUCGUGCAGCACUUGGAGGCAGACGAAAAAUACCCGUCUUUUGAUGAGAUCGAGAAAACCAACUUCACUGCCGUACCCUUGGGCGACCUGAAUGACUGGAGUGUGUCGCCCAUGACAUAUGGGGAGAAGGCAGAAGCUCACCCCGACUCUAGUCCAGUGGUGUCGGCUUUCAAGGCAAAUUUUGUGCGCGGGGGGUUGGUCUUCAACAUGCACCACCAUCACUACUCGAACGAUGUCAUGGGUUGGGCUGCAUACACCCAUCAGCUAGCCGAGCAUUGCAAGGCCAUUAUCAAUAACACAUCUCCCCCACCAUGGGACGCGACCCUUCUCGAUCGCUCGCGUCUCUUAAAACCCGAGCCACCAGAGGAGAAAAAGGUCGAUGGACCUCCGCCACCAGAGAUGCAUCCAGCUCAUACAGAGUCCGUGUCGCUGCUUUUCCAUCUGCCCAAGAGCAAAGCAGCCGAGUUAAAGAAACUGGCCUCUCCCACCGACGGCUCCUGGAUCUCCACCUACGAUGCCUUCUCAGCCUACAUCUGGCGCACCUUCUCCCGUCUCCGAGCCCCCGUCUUCAAAGCAGAUCUCUCUGAGCCUAUUUUCUGGUCCGAGGCUGUCGAUAUGCGUCGUCGUUUCCACAGUCCAAAGGUCCACCCACGCAUCCAAGGCAACAUCAUGUUCGCCGCCUUUUCUCCUACGGCACCGGGGCCCCAGCCCACCCUCGCCGAAGUCAUCUCCGAGUGGUCAUUGCCGCAACUCGCCUCAUACAUCCGCAAAGUCACCAACAGCGUGACGCAGGAAGGUCUUGACGAGGCCCUCGGCUCGGUGGCGCUUGUGCGCGACAAGACGUCCAUGAACAUCCGGAUCAAUUCUUAUCCGCCCCUCUCCAUCCUACAGACAGAUCACCGCGAUGCGAACAUCACUGCGGCUGACUUUGGUUUCGGAACUCCUAUCACGUACCGCCACUUGAUGGACUGCGUUUCCCAGGGUGUCCUGAUUAUCUACCCGCCGCGCAGGGGAGGCCCUGAGUCAGACGAGGGGCCCGAAUUCUCUCUCGCUUAUGAGAAGAGCUACGCACAGACGCUGAUCGAUGAUCCUGAGUGGAAUCGGUUUUUCGAGUACCGGGGUGUGGACGCUGUGGAUGCGGGGUGGGCUUCUUCGGUGAAGAAUUAGGUCUUGGUUUCAGGGUGUUUGUAGUUCAGUUAGCGAAUGGACA